AUGGAAGGCGGGUCAGAAAUAAAGGCGGAAGUUAAUACGGGAGAAGGUGCACAGCAGACUAAAGCCCAAGAGACUCCCGACGCGGAAGAGAACGAAAAUCCCCUUUCGGGUUUCUUUGCUCCGAGAACAGAGGCAGAGCCCGUUCAAGAACCAGUGCCGAGCAAUGGUGGUCCAACAACACCAGACGAUGCUCUUCCACAGCCUCCGAUGCCACCAGGAUCAGCUGGAUGGCAGUCAGCUCCACCAGAAAUGAAUCAAGGCACGGGCUUCGGUGCUCCAGAAAAUCAGAUGUAUCAAGAACAAAAUCAAGGCACGCCAGAAAAUCCACCCGGAAACGAUUUUUCCCAAGGUCCCCCAGUGAUGGGCUUCGGAGGACCCCCUGAAAUGAACGAACAACCACCUAUGAACCAGGGAAUGAUGGGAUUCGGUCAGAUGGCUGGAAUGAACUUUUCCGGUGGCUUUAUGGGACAAAAUCAGCAAUUCGGAGGGAUGCAGCAACACCAGCAAAAUCAGCAGUUUCAACAAGCGCCCCAGGGACAAUACCAAGAUCAGCACCAUCAGCAGCAAAACUACUACGGACAGAACCCUAAUCAGCAAGGAGGUUAUGAUCAAGAACCGCCCAGCAAGGCGCCGAGAUUAGACCCAGGCAUGCAAAAUGAACAAAGUGGAAAACCCGAAGCGGGCAAAUACGAUGUUCGAGGAUUAGAUGACAACUGUGUUUUUGACAAGAUCAUUAAAAUGUCUGGACUGCCUUAUCGAAUAACAAGAGGAGAAAUUCGCGAUUUUUUCAAACCACUCGACCUGACAGACGUUAGAAUAGAGAUCGGAAAAGAUGGUCGAACAACUGGUAAUGCUUUUGCCGCUUUCUUCACCGAUGAUGAUUUGUACAGCGCAAUGCAGAAAAAUAAACAGAUGUUGGGCACACGAUACGUUGAGCUUUACAACAAAAGUCCGGGCGCUCGAGGAGGUGGAAGAGGUGGCUUCCGAGGCGGCGGAUUCCGAGGUGGUGGAGGACACCGUGGUGGCGGAGGAUUCCAUCGAGGAGGGGGAUUUGGCGGAAGAGGCGGACACGACGGCGGCGGAGGCUUCCACAGAGGAGGUGGAUUCCGUGGCGGGCCACCAAGAGGCGGAGGAGGCCACAGAGGUCACCGAGGCGGCUACCGUGGUCGCUGGUAA